AUGCCGCGUGUGGUCAUUGUUGGUGCUGGACUAUACGGCCUGAUCGCAGCCAAAACCUACCUCCAAGUAACGGGCCCUAAUUAUCCAAAUAACUCCCAGCAAUCCGAAACAACCGAAGAUAUACCCGAAUCCUUCCAAAGGCCCAGAGAUGCCCAGUCAGCGCAUGACGACACCGAUCUUCUUCUCCUGGAAUCUGGAUCAAGCCUCGGGGGAACAUGGGCGGAGGAGCGACUUUAUCCAAAUCUGCUGAGCCAAAACUCCGAGGGCCUAUACGAGUUCAGCGAUAUGUCUUUGUCCGAGGCCAUGGAGGGGCUCGAAGAUGAAGAGCCGCCAUAUCAAGAUACCCAGCCCGAGGAUCGCUUCAUCCCAGGGUGGAAGCUGAGUCGAUACCUCACGGUUUGGAGUCGCAAAUGGAACCUACCCCAGUAUAUGCGAUUCAAUUGGCAGGUCAAGAAAAUCAGCCGCCUGCCAACUAAGGAAUGGGAGUUGGGAAUAGACAUUCACCCAGAACAACCAUCGCAGACAAGGUCUAUAACUAUUCUCUGUGACAAACUCAUCUUGUCCCCAGGACUGACGUCCGUGCCAAAUAUAUUGAAUUUCGCUCCGGCAACUGGCCAACCACCCGCCUCGGCAGAGCACGUGAUUCAUGCCAAAGAAGUCGGUCAAUGGUGCCGUGAUAACCUGGGUUACCAGCCAAUACCGGGACAAGAUGCUCACUCCGAUGAGGCGAGUUCACAGAAAACUCUCACGGAACCUAGUCGUGUGCCCCGGCGGGUUGCAAUUUACGGCGGUGCAAAAUCCUCUUUUGACCUUGUCCACAUGUUUGCAACACUUCACCAAAAGGAUCCUAGUUUCCAUUUGAGAGGACUGGAUGCGACUGGUCCAAUUGAUCCGGUAGAGGUGCACUGGAUUAUACGCGAUGGUGGGUCUGGCCCCGCUUGGAUGUCGCCGCCUCGGUCGAAUAUGCCCAAUGGUCAGAGUAUAGCCAGUGACAAAGUGGCCAGUACUCGGUUUGUGGGCGUCCUAAGCCCGUGUACACCAUUGGUGCCAAAACGUCUGACACUUCGUCGCUCCUCCAAUUUCUUGGGUUGGAAACUCACCGUGGAGGGCUCGUGGCUUGCCCGUGUACUUCAUGGAAAUCCUAUCGGGCGCUAUUUCGUACGAAGGUUCUGGAAGGCACUUGAUAAGUCGUGGGGUGAUUUCGCUGGGUAUGACAGUCCCCAGGAUGGCGGAAAGAUGGGGCAGCUUCGUCCAACAAAUAGUGUAAUUUAUUGUGGUGCGCCGCUGGGAAUUGCCAACCAGCGUGGCUUCUGGGAUGCUGUUCGCGCACCGAAUGUGCACAUUCACCGUUCUGCAAUUGAGUCGGUCUCUGGAGAUACGUCUUCAAAAGAAGGAGUCAUCAUCACUCUAGCCGAUGGCACAGAUCUUCCGUUGACAGACCUUCUUAUCCAAGCCACUGGAUGGAAGCCCACUGUUCCCAUAGAGUUCAACCCUCCAUCACUUAUCCUUCAAUUGGGACUCUCAUGUCCAGUUCCUACUGCCCUUUCCAGCACGCAUGGCGACCAAGAUGUCAAAGUUGACCCGGAGAUUAAAAAGCUAAUUAAAUACUGGGAUAAGAUUGAUUCCGUAUCAACAUCUCGCAUCAGGCGGGUCUUUGGGCCCAACAGUAGACCACCAAAAGAUGUGGUCGCCAAUACCACGGCACCGACAGAUGAUUUCGAAUUCAGCCCAUAUCGACUAUUCCGUCGCAUGGCUUCUCCGGAACUUAUUGAAGAAGGCGACCGAUCUUUCGUUGCGCUGGGCUUUGUUCUAACCGCUACCACUGCUGUUGUGGCGGAAGUUCAGGCGCUGUGGGCGGCUGCAUUUUUGACUGGUGGUCUUGAUGAUAAAAGAGUCGAGAAGUGCCAUGACGCGCUAAGCAUCAACGGGAUGUCUCGAUCUGACAUAGAUAGAGAUAUCUCGGAAGAUGUCGUCUGGGGGGGCUUGACUGGGGUUGGCCCUGGUGUGGAUACCCUCAAUUACAAUGACAUGCUGCUCCGAGAUCUGGGACUCUCUCCGUAUCGGAUGGGUGGUGGUUUUGUCACCGAGUUGACAAGUGUCUAUACGCCAAAAGCAUACCGUGGAAUUGUAGAAGAGUGGAAGUCUAUGCGAAAGUAG